GAGUUCCUCCAUCUUCCUUCCUCGUCUAUCCAUCAACUUCAGACACAUACAGAUCUCUUCUCAACCACAUUACUUCUGGUUGUUCCACCUUUCUUCCACGAUGAGGAAAGGGAGAGGCUCCUCCGUCGUCCCACCCGCCCUUCCCGGAUCCGUGAGGUACAGAGGCGUUAGGAAGAGACCUUGGGGCCGUUUCGCCGCCGAGAUCCGCGAUCCCUUGAAAAAAUCCAGAGUCUGGCUCGGCACUUUCGACUCCGCCGAGGAAGCCGCACGCGCCUACGACGCUGCCGCUCGUAACCUCCGUGGUCCCAAGGCCAAGACCAACUUCCAUAUCGACUCUUCUCCUCUCAAUCAUCGGAAUCAGAACCGGAUCGAUCCGUUUAUGGACCACCGGUUACACGGCGUAGAGGAGGAGGAGGAGGAGGUGAUAAUCAGUCGGCCCGCGAGUAGCAUCAUGAGCAGCACCGUUAAAUCGUGUGGCGGAUCGAGAUCCGUGGCGAAGAGGUAUCCGCGGAUUCCCCCGGUGGCUACGGAGGAUUGCCGCAGCGGCUGCGAUUCGUCGUCGUCGGUGGUUGAUGACGACGGAGACGACAUAGCGUCGUCGUCUUCGCGGAGGAAACAGCCGUUUGAGUUUGAUCUUAAUUUUCCGCCGUUGGAUGGAGUUGACUUAUUCGCAGGCGCAUACGAUCUCCACUGCACCGAUCUUCGUCUUUGACACGGUGGUUUCAUAAUGACAAUGAAGAUGAUGACGAUAUAUAAACGAGUGAGAUAGAUAGAUAGAUAGAUAGAGAUUGUGUUAAGAUCUGUUACUGUAAGAGCCAGAUCUGUGUUUCAGAUUCAGUUGUCUGUUUCUUAUAAGGAUCAAACCGCUUUGUUACAUGUAACGUUUCUAUAGCUGAUUAUAUUCUAAAUGAUUCAAAUCUAAGAUUUUUAGAUUUUAUAGAGUAUCCCUCUGAUGUGUUUA